AUGAAUCACUUCCGUCUACCUUCGGGAAGCUCAAUACCAAACAUCUUCAACUUCAAUCAGCCUUCUCCGGCUUCGAGCCCACUAAGCCCUCAGCAGCAGCAGCAGAAGCAAGCCGCCCAGCCCCGCCAAAUCCACAGAAAUAGAAUAUCUUACUCCUGCCAUGCUUGCCGACGUCGGAAAGUCAAAUGCGAUCGCUUGCAUCCCAUCUGUAGUAACUGUACAAAGACAGCAGAAUCUUGUGUCUACGAUGACCACGCAAUCAAUGGAAACAAAGGUGGCAAGGAUGAAAAGAGUCAAAAGGCUGGAGGCGGGACGAAACGGCGAAGGACAAACGAGGGCACUCUAACGGUGAGUGAAGAUGGUGAGGAAGGCUACCCAGGGGGAAACGGCAUGAAUCCGAAAGAUUCAGCUACUACAACCACUACUUCUUCAGCUUCACCCCCGAAAUCGGCCUUGGGAGUAAGCAAGGAAGCAGACCUAGAGACAAGAAUGAAUAGGCUUGUAGAAAUUGUGGAUAGAUGGUAUAAAGAUGCAUCUGCUCAUGGCGCUCUUUCAGAUGGCCUUGCUGCUCGGCCCGGACUCCAGACAACUGGCCAUGAUAAUGCUACAACAACGAAUACCUUGGCUGAAAACGGGUUCACACAAAGUCAAGCCUAUCUAUAUCUACUGCAACAAGCCACAGGACCGAUUCGACAUAAUUCUACUGACCUGAACCAUUCUGCGUCGUCGGCAUCUCCUUCUCCGACACAUACAUUAUCUCCAAAUAUUUCUGUAACGCCAGGGAGCAGCAUCGGAGGCCGAAGUCAAGAACCAGAGAAUAAUAGGCCGGGAUGGGCUGCUUCAAAUACCCCUAUGACCAUUAAAAUAUUCAACGAAAAGAUUGAAGCAGCGAAACAGAGUGAAAAUGAUGAUGUUGAUGAUUUAGGUAUCGGUCAUCUAAGUAUUCAAGGUGGAGGAAGGUCCCGUUACGUUGGUACUAGUUUUUGGGGCUUCCUCAGUAGUGAAAUCAACGAACUAAAUCAAAUCCUUAAAACCCAUACCCACUUUGACAGAAUCGGGGAUCGAAAAGACUGUGAAGAGCACUUUAAAAACACACCAAAACCGCAACCCUCUCUAGCGCCCCCACAGCCACAGCCCCAACCAGAGUACAGGGCUGAGUGUCCGCAGGCAGUGUUAGCAAUGUUCAGUAAAGCCUCGUUUCUCCAAUUCGAGCCCCGCGAGAUUGAGGCUCGUGCCUGUGAAGUAGUCCCAGCAAUCCUCAAAUCUCUCCCAAAUAAGUCGUUUGCAAAUCAUCUAUACAAGUCAUUUCUGCAUGGGGUCCAUCCAGUUAUGCCUCUGUUACAUGCACCGACAUUUGAUGAGGAUUAUCAGCAUUUUUGGAAAUGGUAUCCAGACAACCAGCAUCAAUUCCCCGAUUCUAAGCUUACGGAGAACCCAACCUUUCUCCCGUUAUUGAUGGCCGUGCUGUAUGCUGGGGCUAUCUCAAUGUCGAGCAAGACGAUAAAUAGACUAACGGGAGGUGAAUGGACGAAAGAAACGCUUUCGUCCCGUCUCUAUGGUGCAACCAUGAGUGCGCUUGCCGCAUGCGCUUUUCCCCGCUCCCCAACCGUGUACUCUCUCAUUUCCUUCCUCAUAGUGCAGACUUGCCUUAUUCGUGAAGAAGAGCCGCUCACAUCUUGCUCCUUUGUUGGCAUGGCAAUGCGAGUUGCGCAGUCAAUGGGGCUCCAUCGUGAUGGUUCACUAUUUAAACUUUCAGAAGUCGAGUGCGAGGUCCGUCGGAGAGUCUGGUGGCACAUUAUGUAUCUCGAUGUUCAAGGCGCCAUCGCAACAGGUCUUCCGCCCCUUGGUGGGAGCGGUGAUGACCUUUACGAUACAAAGAUGGUAUCUGAGCUCAGAGAUGAAUACAUCGGGCUUGCUCCAGGUGCCCCAGACCCGGUCACACCAAUGACCCCUCAUAACUCGCGAUGCCAGGAAUUUCAUAAAGAAAAAAUUGAUAUACGCUCCUCGCCUGCCAUGAUAUUGGCAGUGGGCCGAUAUGAAUCGACGAUUCUUCUUCGGAAGAUCAUUACCCGCUUAUUUGCUAUACGAGGGAGUAAGAGAAGUGAUCUGAUGGAGAUGGGGAAGAUGAUAUAUGAACUUAAAAUGAAUCUGGAGAAGAAGAUAUCAAGAAUACCAGCGCGGGGAAUACCCGAAAUGGGAUUUAUCCCUCCCGUGGGUUCUAAAGGGGAGCCCGAAGUACCAAAUGAGGUGGAAAGAGCUGUCGUUUUCAACUCGUGGGCGAGGAUCAUGUUGAGUUUGUUGAGCGACAGGGCAUUUGGGGUACUUUAUCAACCGUUCCUAAAGAGCGCAAAAAGCAACCUGUGGAAGCAUGCCCGUAACUGUGCUCUCCACUUUUGUCACUCCUUCCUCCGCAAGUUCCUCCACCUCUCACGAACCCAACUCUUCCAGCCCUACCAAUGGUUCUGCCCUGGUACUUACCAACCCCUUCACGCAACAAUGAUCCUCAUCCUGGAUCUCCACGAGCGCCCUUUCGCCCCUGAGGCCCCAAAGUCCCGCGACUUUGUCGACGAAGUUUUCGCCGUCUUUGGCGAGCACGGGAACUACUCUACAGGCGACGGCGAGGGUGGUAACCGGCCACUAAUGGAGGGCGGCCGUGAAGCCUGGCGCAUGCUCUGGCGCCUCCGCAAAAAGGCCUACGAAAAAGCAGGAAUCAAAAUACCGCCGCCGGCACCACAAGAACAAUCCGGAACUACUAAGGACCCCGAUAUCAAACUCGGCGGGUACGGGUGCGGCAGCCAGCAGGAGUACUAUCCAAAUUUUCCACAGUUUGCGAUGGACCAUACUACGGCAGUCACACAACCGGCGCCGGUCCCGCCGACACCGCCGCCGUUUAUACCAGUCCAUGUGAGGCCGGUGACACCCCCGCCGCCAAACAUGGACGAUGUACCUGGUGGAGGCAGUUUUGAGGAGCUCCUGCAGAUGGAUACCAUCAUUGACGCUGAGGAUAAGGCAUUUUUCACGGAUGCUGUUGCGGCGCACUUUUUGCAGAAGCAGCAGUCGAGGGAUUUGGAGUUUGGUUUUGGGAUGCCGGAGGAGGAGGAGGAGGAGGAGGCGGCAGCACCACCGCCGGCAACAAGUCAGUUUAAUCCGCCUGCGGAGGGCGCCGGCCAGGACAUGAUGGAUUUUGAUUGGGAGGAGUGGGACCAGGUGUUUGGGAAGUAUGUCUCGGUGGAUGUGGGGGAUAUUUUGUAG